ACCUCAUUAUUUUAAUUUUGCAUCUGGGAGAAUGUCUGAGCAAGGAGACCUGAGUCAGGCGAUAGUGGAGCAAGGCGGGCCUGAGCAGGAGACGGCCACUCCAGAGAAUGGCAUCGUUAAAUCGGAGAGUCUGGAUGAAGAGGAGAAGCUGGAACUGCAGAGGCAGCUGGCAGCUCAGAACCAAGAGAGAAGAAAAUCCAAGUCAGGAGCAGGAAAAGGUAAAUUGACCCGCAGUCUUGCUGUCUGUGAAGAAUCCUCAGCCAGACCAGGAGGGGAAAGUCUCCAGGAUCAGGAAUCAAUUCAUUUACAGCUUUCCAGUUUCCCCAGCCUGCAAGAGGAUGAUAAAUCUAGGAAAGAUGACUCUGAAAGAGAAAAAGAAAAGGAUAAAAACAAAGAUAAAACCUCUGAAAAACCCAAGAUCAGAAUGUUAUCAAAAGAUUGCAGCCAAGAAUAUACGGAUUCUACAGGCAUAGACUUACACGAGUUUCUGAUUAACACGUUAAAGAAUAAUUCCAGGGACAGGAUGAUACUCUUGAAAAUGGAGCAGGAAAUUAUUGAUUUCAUUGGUGACGACAAUAAUCAUUAUAAAAAGUUCCCUCAGAUGUCAUCCUAUCAGAGGAUGCUUGUCCAUCGAGUGGCAGCUUACUUUGGGUUAGAUCACAAUGUGGAUCAAACAGGGAAAUCUGUUAUCAUUAACAAGACCAGCAGCACGAGAAUACCAGAGCAAAGGUUUUGUGAACAUUUAAAAGAUGAAAAAGGUGAAGAAUCCCAGAAGCGGUUUAUCUUGAAGCGAGAUAACUCUAGUAUUGAUAAAGAAGACAAUCAGCAAAACAGAAUGCAUCCAUUUAGAGAUGACAGACGAAGUAAAUCAAUUGAAGAGAGAGAAGAGGAAUAUCAGAGAGUGAGGGAGAGAAUAUUUGCACACGAUUCAGUUUGCUCCCAGGAAAGCCUUUUUGUGGAAAACAGUAGGCUCUUGGAAGACAAUAACAUAUGCAAUGAGACCUAUAAGAAAAGACAGCUCUUUCGGGGCAACAGAGAUGGCUCAGGGAGAACAUCUGGGAGUCGGCAGAGCAGCUCAGAGAAUGAACUCAAGUGGUCCGACCACCAAAGGGCCUGGAGCAGCACAGACUCUGAUAGCUCCAACCGCAAUCUCAAGCCUGCCAUGACCAAGACGGCGAGUUUUGGGGGCAUCACGGUGCUGACCAGGGGUGACAGCACGUCCAGUACCAGGAGUACCGGGAAGCUGUCCAAAGCAGGUUCUGAGUCUUCCAGCAGUGCAGGCUCCUCAGGAUCGCUGUCCCGUACCCAUGCACCUCUCCAGAGUGCACCCCUGGUCUCGAGUGUGGCAGCAAGUUCUCCCGGCUGUGUGCCCUAUCCGGAGAAUGGAAUGGGGGGCCAGGUUGCUCCCAGCAGCACCAGCUACAUCCUCCUUCCACUGGAAGCUGCAGCAGGCAUCCCGCCUGGAAGCAUCCUUCUUAAUCCACAUACAGGCCAGCCCUUUGUGAAUCCCGAUGGAACCCCUGCAAUAUACAACCCCCCAGCAAGUCAGCAGCCCCUGCGCAGCGCGAUGGUGGGGCAGUCCCAGCAGCAGCCCUCUCCUCAGCCACAGCAGCAGGUCCAGCCACCACAGCCGCAAAUGGCAGGCACCCUGGUCACUCAGUCUGUCCAGGGGCUGCAGGCUUCCUCCCAGUCAGUGCAAUAUCCAGCAGUCUCUUUUCCUCCCCAGCAUCUCCUGCCUGUGUCUCCAACGCAGCAAUUCCCCCUGAGAGAUGAUGUGGCGACACAGUUCAGCCAGAUGAACCUGAGCCGGCAAUCCUCAGGAGAGACUCCUGAGCCCCCAUCUGGUCCUGUCUACCCGCCGUCCCUCAUACCACAGCCAACCCAACAGCCAAGCUAUGUCAUCGCCUCCACCAGCCAGCAGCUCGCUACAGGAGGGUUCUCAGGCUCUGGACCUCCCAUCUCCCAACAAGUCCUCCAACCCCCUCCCUCACCACAAGGAUUUGUGCAACAGCCUCCACCUACACAGAUGCCCGUAUAUUAUUAUCCAUCUGGUCAGUACCCUACCUCAACCACGCAGCAGUACCGGCCCGUGGCCUCAGUUCAGUACAGUGCUCAGAGGGGUCAGCAGAUGCCGCAGGCAGCACAACAAGCAGGUUACCAGCCAGUCUUGUCUGGUCAACAGGGGUUCCAAGGCCUACUGGGAGUGCAGCAGCCGCCUCAGAGUCAGAGCGUGUUGAACAACCAACCAGGAACUCCGGUGCAAAGCGUGAUGGUCUCCUACCCAACAAUGUCUUCUUAUCAGGUGCCAAUGACCCAGGGUUCUCAAGGGCUGCCCCAGCAGUCAUACCAACAGCCAAUCAUGCUACCUAACCAGGCAGGUCAAGGGUCACUCCCAGCCACCGGAAUGCCUGUUUACUGUAAUGUCACACCGCCGACCCCUCAGAACAACCUUAGGCUGAUUGGCCCACACUGCCCCUCCAGCACUGUCCCCGUGAUGUCAGCUAGCUGCAGGACAAACUGUGCGAGUAUGAGCAACGUCGGGUGGCAGGUCAAAUUCUGAGCACUCUGGCUGUGGUACAUUUCUUCAGAUGUUACUCACGGCCUUUAAGGGAAGAGGAGCAAGGUGGGAAAACUGGCUGAGGACUUAAGUAUUCACUCAACACUCAAAUGAUUGCUGCUGGUAUUCUGUAAAAAAAACAAAGACUAAUACACACAUUAGCUGGUUAAUGGUGCAUAUUUCUGUCAUGUCUGCUAGGUAUGCCUUUAUAGCUUAGCUAGUGACAUGAAUUCAUCAAGGUAAGAUUUUCUCCUACCACUGAAUACCACUGUGUAGAUUAUAAUAUCCCUAAUUUGGAUUAUUAGUUUUGUACUUUGUGUUGAGUUUGUGAUGCUAAAGUAUUUAAAAAUUAUAUACUGAAAUCACAUUGUACCAAAGCUGUAAUGGAAAAGAAAAGAAUUGAUGAA